UGUUUUCAGUACGGUGUCGAUUUGUCAGAGAGGACAUACGAGAGAAGUCUAGUAAGGUGCGGUGUGAUAGUAUGCAAAAGAUGCUGACCAUCAUAUCUAACGUGUUGAGGGGCAGCGCCAGCAGGAACGGAGCUGAGAUGGUUUCAGAGGGGACUAGAGUUGUGGUGUCAGCCCGCACCUAUGCAGACUUCACACCCCAGGCAACUUUCGACAUCAAGAAGUGUGACCUGCACCGGCUGGAGGAGGGCCCGCCUCAACAGGCAGUGCUGACACGGGAGGAGGGGCUGCAGUAUUACCGCACCAUGCAAACAAUGAGACGCAUGGAACUGAAAGCAGAUCAGCUCUACAAACAGAAAAUUAUCAGAGGAUUCUGUCAUCUGUAUGACGGACAGGAAGCGUGUGCAGUGGGUAUUGAAGCUGGCAUCAACCUGACAGAUCACCUGAUCACAGCGUACCGCGCCCACGGGUACACACUGACCCGUGGUGGUACCGUCAGAGAGAUCCUGGCAGAGCUGACCGGACGUAGGGGAGGUAUUGCCAAGGGGAAAGGAGGCUCCAUGCACAUGUACACCAAGAACUUCUAUGGAGGAAACGGCAUAGUGGGAGCACAGGUGCCUCUUGGGGCAGGUGUGGCACUUGCCUGUAAGUACCAGGAGAAGAAUGAGCUGUGUGUUUGUCUCUAUGGUGAUGGUGCUGCAAAUCAGGGUCAGAUCUUUGAGACCUAUAACAUGGCGUCUCUGUGGAAAUUGCCCUGUAUCUUUAUCUGUGAGAAUAAUAAGUACGGAAUGGGAACAUCAGUGGAGAGAGCAGCUGCUAGCACUGACUACUACAAGAGAGGAGACUUCAUACCAGGACUGAGGGUGGAUGGCAUGGAUGUUCUGUGUGUGAGAGAAGCCACCAAAUUCGCUGCUGAACACUGCAGAUCUGGGAAGGGUCCUAUUCUAAUGGAGCUCCAGACAUACCGUUACCAUGGACACAGCAUGAGUGAUCCAGGCAUCAGUUACCGCACACGAGAGGAGAUCCAGGAGGUGCGCAGUAAGAGUGACCCCAUCUCCAUGCUGAAGGACCGCAUGCUGAACAACAACAUGGCCAGUGUGGAGGAACUGAAGGAGAUAGACGUGGAGGUGAGGAAGGAGAUUGAGGAUGCUGCUCAGUUUGCCACCACAGACCCAGAGCCCCCGCUGGACGAUCUGUGUAACCACCUCUUCUAUAACGACCCCCCCAUAGAGGUCCGUGGCACCAACCCCUGGACCAAGCUCAAAUCUGUCAGUUAAAGGGUGUCCAACCACCCCCUCCCCACACCCAAAACCCCCUCGAACCCCCAUCCACAUUCAGUAUAGCAUCAGACAGGUGAAGACUCUCAUCCAACACUCCUCCUCUUCAUCAUUCUCCUUCUGGCCCCAAGACAACCCCACCUCCACCCAGCACAGCUCCACACACAGUGCCGCGUCUCCACUCACAGGCAGGAAUUCACCGGUCUGUGAGGGCCCAGCUCAGCUUUAAAGCCCAGGGCUCUGUUUCUGCUCUGGGAGAACUGCCAUUUCAGUUCAUCUGCUCACCUAAACCAGGCAGUCAUGUACGGAAGACAAAAAUUCAGAAAACUCUGGCCUUGGACUCAAUGUUAUCACUACUAAAUCUGACUCUAACUGUAUUUGUGGUGCAUUGUAAUAGGUUUUUAAAGGGAUUUUUAUCACUUUCUUCAUUGCCUUUACCAGUGUUCCCGUGCCUGUCAGGUGUAGGCUUGGAUAGACUGAGCAUUGUCUGUGCACGGUCUAACAAACACUACAGCCAUUCUACACAGGGCCAAACUGGACAGCUGCAUUUAAAAAUGCAGAACUGUGGCAAAUAUGACCUACUGCAUAGUGUUCCUCUCAGUUUUGCGCUCUCUUUCUUCAUCCUCUUCUCAUGAACUCUUUCUCUCUGAUAGUGUAUAUGGGUAUUUAUCUCUCUACAUGUGCCGCUCAGUGGGGUGUUAGUGCCUCCUGUUCCUAACAUUUUUUGCCAACUUGUUCUCGAAUGAAUAUUUUGAAAAGUGUUGCGCUGAUGGGGAUAUCGUCAUGGUUACUGUAGAGUUCUGAAAAGGGUCAGCUGGGAAAUGGCGCUGUUCGCUUAUCUCUGAUUUUACCUGGAAGCAAUAUGGACAUCAGGAAGUGUGUUACCUGUCAUGAUCUUUAUAAAGGACAAUUCAAAUAAAAUUCAAAUAUUUAAACCA